GCAAAGGAUGGAGAUUUGAUGUGUGGCCAAGGGGAGCCUGGGGAUGGUAACUGCAGCAGUAGGCGCGCGGCAGCAGAGGCGGCAGCAGCGGCAGCCGGGACUCUGGAGCAGAGGAGGACCCCGGAUCGCGGCCCGAGUGGCAGGGGAGCGGGGCUGGCCCGGGAGGGGAGCCCGGCCCCCCGGCGCGGGCCCGCAGGCCACCCCUCGCCCGCACGCCCCCUGCCAGAGCUGCGGGGAGGACAGCCCCAGGACGCCCGGCCCCGGCGCCCCCAGCCUCAGGAUGGCGUCCUCCCUGCUUGAGGAGGAAGCUCACUAUGGCUCCAGCCCCCUGGCCAUGCUGACGGCAGCGUGCAGCAAAUUUGGCGGCACCAGCCCCCUGCGGGACUCAACGACACUGGGCAAAGCAGGCGCAAAGAAGCCAUACUCCGUGGGCAGCGACCUUUCAGCCCCCAAAACCAUGGGGGACGCCUACCCAGCCCCCUUUUCAAGCACCAAUGGGCUCCUCUCACCUGCAGGCAGUCCUCCUGCCCCCACCUCGGGCUACGCCAAUGAGUACCCUCCUUUUUCCCACUCAUUCCCUGGACCCACGGGCACCCAGGACCCCGGGCUACUAGUGCCCAAGGGCCACAGCUCUCCUGACUGCCUGCCCAGUGUCUACACCUCCCUGGACAUGGCACAUCCCUACGGCUCCUGGUACAAGGCAGGCAUCCACGCAGGCAUCUCGCCGGGCCCUGGCAACGCUCCUGCUCCCUGGUGGGACAUGCACCCCGGGGGCAACUGGCUAGGUGGUGGGCAGGGCCAGGGUGAUGGGCUGCAAGGGACACUGCCCGCGGGCCCGGCUCAGCCUCCGCUGAACCCCCAGCUGCCCACCUACCCGUCCGACUUUGCCCCCCUCAACCCGGCCCCCUACCCCGCUCCCCACCUCCUGCAGCCGGGGCCCCAGCACGUCUUGCCCCAAGACGUCUAUAAGCCCAAGGCGGUGAGCAAUAGCGGGCCGCUGGAGGGGGGCGGUGCGGCCAAAGCGCCCCGGGGGGCCGGCGCGGGGGGCGGCGGCUUCGGCGGCGGCGGGGCGGGCCGCUCCUCCUGCGACUGCCCCAACUGCCAGGAGCUCGAGCGCCUGGGCGCGGCGGCGGCCGGGCUGCGCAAGAAGCCCAUCCACAGCUGCCACAUCCCGGGCUGCGGCAAGGUGUACGGCAAGGCCUCGCACCUGAAGGCGCACCUGCGCUGGCACACGGGCGAGCGGCCCUUCGUGUGCAACUGGCUCUUCUGCGGCAAGCGCUUCACGCGCUCGGACGAGCUGGAGCGCCACGUGCGCACGCACACGCGGGAGAAGAAGUUCACCUGCCUGCUGUGCUCCAAGCGCUUCACCCGCAGCGACCACCUGAGCAAACACCAGCGCACCCACGGCGAGCCGGGCCCCGGGCCCCCUGCCGGCGGCCCCAAGGACCCGGGGGAGGCGCGCGGCGCCGCGGAGGAGGAGGCCAGCCAGACGCCCCGACCCCCCGCCUCCCCCGCGCCCCCAGAGAAAGCCCCCGAGGGCAGCCCGGAGCAGAGCAGCCUGCUGGAGAUCUGA